AUGGUUUGUGAAAAAUGUACUUCCAAAUUAAGACAAUUACCUUCAGCUAAAAAACUUCCAAAUAGUAGAAAACCAUCGAGUUUAACUACCAUUGGAAGUAGGCCUUUACUACCCAAAGAUAAAUUUAAACCAAAUAACAAGGAAUCUUUCAAAAAAUGUAAAAUUUGUAAAAAACCAACUCAUCGUGAGGGUGCAUAUUAUUGUCAGGAUUGUAGUUAUCAAAAAGGAAUAUGUGCAUUAUGUGGAAUGAAAAUAGCCAACACAUCCUCAUACAAACAAUCGAAUACAUAA